AUGGCUGCGUCAGCGCUUCCCUUGGCAUCUGUCAAAUCCUAUGCAGUAAAUGCGGAUGUUUUCAAAAGCAUCGAUGGGAGCCUGACUUCUAUCAUUAUUGCCCGGCGUGUUGAUGAAGGCGACUCACCUAUCGGUAUCGCUAAACGUGGAAGCCAGGCAGAUGCUUCUAUCGACAUUGCCCGCCGUGUUGAUAAGAGCGACCCAUCUAUUGGUAUCGUUAAACGUGGAAGCGAGGCAGAUGCUUCUAUCGACAUUGCUCGGCGUGGUGAUAUGAGCGACCCAUCUAUUGAUAUCGCUAAACGUGGAAGGGAGGCAGAUGCUUCUAUCGACAUUGCCCGGCGUGGUGAUAUGAGCGACCCAUCUAUUGAUAUCGUGUGA